UACUCUCUCUAUAGACUAUUGUGAAGAACAAAGCAAUUCCGCCGUUCAAUUCUAGAUGGAUCAAGGAAAUAGUGGAACCGAACUUUGGGUUGGAGAGAGCUCAGAGUCUCAAGAAGCUGGUGAUAGUGUUCUGCCCCAAUUUAGGGUAACAAACAAGGAAGAUUUGUUAACAAAUCUACCACGAGAGAUAACGGAUGAGAUCUUAAGAAAACUCCCGAUUAGAAGCAUUAUGAGGUGCAAGUGCGUUCAAAAAUCAUGGCGCGAUUUGAUAAAGGGGGUUGAGUUCGCAGCGUCAUAUAAUCCGAAACCAUGCCUCAUUUUCCCCGAUAAAGACAGCGCCAGCUACGCGAUGUGCGACGAGACUUGGCAGCCGCUUUUCCUGUUCGGCUUGCCUCCUCCUCGCGAUCAUUAUUCACCGGAUCCUUUGAAGCGUCUCGUGAUUGGGUGGUAAUUUGGAGGAUGAACAACUAUGGAGAUGAAAAGUCUUGGAUAAAGCAAUAUAGUUUCC